AAGCGCCCUGGGCUCGAGACUGUGUCCUUGGGCAGGGCGGCGCUUAGGGCGGUCGGCGGGCGGGCAAGCUGGACCCGUGGCCAGCGGGGCGGCGAGGGCAUGCAGCAUCCCCCGGCCAUCGACGAGGAUGAAGCGGAUCCCUCGGCAGGGCUCAAGAUGAUGAGGCGAUCCUCGACGGAGCUGCCAGGGGCCGCCAAGGAGCUCCUGGGCGUGAGGAUGAGCAGGAGAUCCACCCUCGACCUGGGCGGGGACUUCACCGAGAAGGCGCCCGAGGAGCAGCACGAGCACGACGACCCCGAUGCCCACGGGGAGCACGGGCACGCCGAGAAGCCGCAGUCUAUCCUGACGGCUGGAGCGUCCGCGGUGAUCAAUUUUCUCUUGAUGUUUGGGCUCUGCUGCGCCUACGGCAUGAUCCUGUUCGAGGACGAGUGGAACGCCAGGCACCGAGGGCUCGGUGUGAAGAUCAACUUGGCGACGGCCCUCGUCGCGGGUCUCAUCCUCGCCUCUUUCUCGAAGGUGCCCGUCGCCAUCGGCGGCCCCGACCUUAACCCCGUAGUGUUCUUGGGAAUGUUGGCGCAGACGAUCGCGAAGGAGGUUGCGACCAAGCAUGGAUUUGGCGACGCGUAUCCGGGAGGGAGUUCGACCUGCCCAGGGGAAAAGCCGCUGACUUUCUGUGAGGGCGGCGUUUUCACGUCGAGCGCUCCAGUCGCCCCCGACGACCUCGCUGGUUUCGCAGACGCCGCAGAGUACGCCGAAGCUUGCGAUCUCUACCACGAAGAGCUCCGAGCUACAGUGAUAUUCACCGUGUCCGCGACCUCGGCUGGGCUCGGCCUAGUGUUCUUCGUUCUGGGAAAAUUCAGGCUCACCCGUUUCCUGAGCUACAUCCCCAUACAUAUCAUGGAGGCGUUCCUUGCGUGCAUCGGUUACAAGGUCUUCAAGUACUCGCUCGAGUUCUGCAAGUACGAGCCAACACAGUUUGUUCCCGCAGCUUGCGUCGGCGUGCCGCUUUACUUUGUAAAGGCGCUGCACAUUGGCAACCCAGCGGUUGUUAUCCCGCUCAUGUUAUUGAUCCCUCUCGGCAUAUUCUACGCAAUCGUUUUCGGACCAAUGCAGGAAGACUUGCACGGAAUGCGCAAGGAGAAUUGGAUGUUUGAAGAACUCGUGAACGCUGAGUUCUGGUCACCGUGGGAAAACGGGCUGUACAUGUCGUGGGGCAAGAUAGAUUUCAAAGCGUUCGCCGCGGCGCUUGGGGACUUGCCGGUGAUGAUCAUAGUCUGCGGCUUGGAUUGCGCGCUCAAGCUGUUCAACACCGAUACCAAGCUCCCAGUGAAAACGGACAAGGAUUACGAGGUCAAGCUCUACGCCGCAACAAACGUCUUAACCACAAUGGGCGGCUUCUCUGUCGGGUACAUGCAGCUGAAGUUCAACGUGAUAAACUUCGGCGUCAUGGGUAACGCCAGCGACCGGCGCGGUGGCAUGAUGUAUGCGUUGUUAUGCGGCUUGUGUUUUUUUGGGAGCACCGACCCGUUCAACUACCUCCCUCGUUUCUUCCUAUCGACGCUGCUCUUCUUCGCUGGAGCCGGCUUCAUCGCCGAAAACUUGUGGGGAUCCCGGAAAUUCUUGUCGGCGAUGGAAUGGUUUCAGGUCCUCCUGAUCAUCGCUUGUUUUAUCGUGUCGAGUUCCCUGCUCGUAGCCGUCGUCGUCGGCGGCAUUAUGGCGGCCUGCAAAUUCGUGGCGGACAUAUCGAAGGUGCCGACCCUCAUCGGAGAAGAGCUUCUGAUGGGCGACAAAAUCAUCUCGCACAUUCGGCGCCCCCCAGCUGAUUCUCUGUGCGUGCGGCAUCUGUCUCAGCACUUUCUGCUGGUUGCCCGCCUCAAGGGCUUCCUGUUCUUCGGGUCAGCCCAGUCGCUCGGCGACGCUGUCAUCGCUUGCAUAAACGAGCGGGCCGGCUCCCCGCAGGCAAUUCGCUUCAUCGCAAUGGACUUUACGAUGGUUGACGGGCUGGACGCUUCGGCCGCCAAGUGCCUCGGGAGGGUGACGAAGGCGGCCCAGGAGAAGGGAGUGCGGAUUCUCUGGUGCGGGGCCAAAAUAAGUAUAGUUUCGAGGCUCAAUGCCAGCGGCACCAUCACCAGCCACAAGCACUUGUUCGACGACCUUGGUUUUGCGCUGGCGUUUGUGGAGAAUAAGUUCAUUGCCCACAUCACAACUUGCCAAAGGCUCUGGCUGAAUUUGCACCCUGGGUUUGCAGUUUUCCGUGGACUGCUGGCACAACAGGCAGAGUUCGAGCCCUUCCAGGACAUCCUGACCUCGGAUGCCAGUCGCUGGGGGUGCCCCUGGGGAUUCUGCAACAGGGUCAGCUUCAAGAAGCACGAGACCAUUCUCUGGAGCCCCGGCAAGUGCGACGACCUCUUUCUCAUUCACUCGGGAGCAGUUGGCCUCUUCACGAGCAUCCCGGAGGAGGUGGGCGGCAGUUGGGGCGAUCUCGUGGUUACGUACGAGCGGGGCAGCCUUUUGAACCGGGAGGCAAUCGGGCUGCAGGAGUCCAACGAUUACUUCGCCAUCGCGCUGGAGGACGGGGAGGCCCUGUCGUGGAACCAGGCCCAGCUGCGCCUGCUGCAGGAAAAGCAGCCCGCAAUUGCGACAGCGCUGCAGAGAGCGGUGUUGCUGCAGGAAGCCCAGGAUGCACGGCACCAGGGCAUGGGCCCGCACGCCAUCCCGAUGUCCGUCAAGGGGCGUUCUGUCGCUGGGUCUGCCGGUGAGCGCAGGCUGCCGGGCAGCUUGCGGCGGCUCAGGGCUGGCAUCGCCACGGCCCGGUGGCUGGGGCGGUUGGGCCUCUUCGUGGCGGAUGAGUCGCGGCUGGAGGACACCUUGUGCCCGCCGCUGCCGCAGGCUGCGGUGGAGGUGCUGAGGACAGCCUUCUUCACGUUCUCCGAGGGCGGCAGCCUAAGCGCCACCAAGGCGGCUGCCGCGUUGAGGUACGCUGGGAUUCACGAUUGCGUGCUGCGGGACGACGCCGACCGGUCCCUCUCAGAGGCUGAGUUCAUGGAGCUUGGACACGAGGCGGCAAUGAUGCGGCUGGACGCGUCCCAAGAGGCGACGCUCCAGAAUCUCUUCACGCAGCUAGCGUCGUCCAACGGUGAAUUCACGGCCAUUCCGCUUCGCAAGUUGAUUGAGCUAUUUGAGGCGAGAACUGGCCAGAGCGAAUCACUGGAAGUCGUAGUCGGCGUCGCCAGCGUCUGGAUGCCUGACGGGCGCAGUGAAAUCAAUGCCGAGUCCUUCGUCCACAUCAUGUCUCGGAUUACGAUGCUGCACAUGAGGUAUUGGCGCAUCUUGACCAGUUUUGAGGAAGUGGUGAAGGCGGGUGCUCCUGCCGGCAGCGAAGAUGCAGACACGAUCACCGCUCACAUGCUAGUCGCUACGAACAGAACUAGCGUCGAAGGACGUGAUCCUGGCAGUGAUCCUGGCAGUCUUUCUCACCAUGUCGGGAACCGGGUUUCUUGGAAUCGGCAGGUUUCGCCCAUUGGCGAAGAGAAGGCCGCGGAGAUGAUUGAGGCGGCAAGUUUUCUGCGCGAGGUUGGUUCCGACCAGUCAGUCGACGUGUUCGAUGUCGCGUCUCUCCUUUCUAUUUUUUUGGCCCCACACCCUAGACCGCUGCCUCCGAAGCCGAAGACCGUGGAUUCAUCGGCGGCUUGGAAGAAGCCGCCACUCCAGAACAGCAUGAGCCGCUGCAAGUCCGAGAUGGCGAUGGGCAUGUCCAGGGAUUGGACCGAGCUGCAUCUCGAUUCGAGCAUUGUCGGCGGGGGUUAUGGGGAGGUCAACCUCGCAUCAGUGGCCUCAUCGCGCAGUUCUUUGAGUUACUCCAGCACGGACCAUGAUCUCAUGACCCGCGUGCCCGAGGAGUUGGAUGCCGUAUCUUGCGCGGGCUAUCUGCACGCCUUCCUCGAGAAUCCAGAAUCGAGCAGGUGUGCCGCGGUAUUCUCGCUCGUGAUGGCUCUGCUCAUCAUGGUCUCGGUCCUGACGCUCGUGAUGGAGCCCCUGAUAUCUCCAGGCCCAGACAUCUCCCAGUCGGAGCAGGACGUCUGGUUUGCCGUGGACGGCUUCUUCAGCGUCGCCUUCACCGUCGAGUUCGUCCUCAGGUUUGCGGUGACCAACGCGUCGGGACGGCAGACCCACGCGGACUUCCUGAAGGCUCCGCUCAACCUGGCCGACCUCGUGGCGGUCCUGCCGUGGUACGUCGAAGUGGCGACGAGGGGGAACGCCGCGGCGGCGCAUUUCCGGCUGCUCCGGGUGGCCAGGCUGAUGCGCCUGGCCCGCGUCGUGCGGCUUGGAAGGCUGGCGCGCAGGUCGGCGGUGAUCGCGCCAAUCGCCGUGAUCCUCGUCGUCAUCUGGGGGAUUUUCCUCAAGAACGGCCUGAGCUCCACCUGCUAAGAGAGAGAGUAGCAGGUGGACGGGGGAGCGGGCGGAGGACGAGGGGGGCCCGCGAGAGGGGGGAGGAGGGGCGGGCCCCGCUGGCCCGCUGGCACGAGGCCUUCCCGCGGGUGCGAGAGAGCACGGGCGCCCGCCGCUCAAAGUACAGCGGCCGCUCUGCGCAGCCCCAGCCUUUCUGCGCGCGCGGCGCGGGGGAGUCCCGGUAUGGGGGGAUGUUGUAAUGGUGUGACGGGUUUUGCGCGGCGAGGGUGGUGUCUUUGGCGUCUACUAGCCAGUUUGUUGGUGCCCCGUCUGGUUAGGAGCGAUUUCCAUCAUGUAGCCUUUUGCAUUGUAAGUUUUUCGCAUAAUUGCAGUGCGAACCUCUUUGAUGGAGCCGGCCACUCGUUUCUUCUCGCGCAUGUCGCGUGCCCGAAUCUGGUUUUAAUGUGAUAACGCUCCUUGUAGCGCGAGUAGCGCGCUAGUUUACGCGCAUCGGAGGCGGCCAAGCCUGCAUCCGUGCUUGACCCGCGCGUCGGCGCAGCGCAAAGCAGGGGCACUGGUCUAUACAUAUAACGGCGCACCGGGCUCGGGGGCCGAGGGCCGGAACCUCGACCGCAAAUGUCGGUGCAGGGGGCCCGGCCGGACCUUGGGGGGCCCAAAAUCGCCUCGGAGCGCGGUCCGAUGAGGAUCGGUUAAACGAUGCUCAGUUUGCCUCCUCCUGCUGCUCCUCGAGCCGUCGGUCGGGGAGUGCGUAGCGCGCGACCCGCGGGCUCGGAGGAGCAAUGCUAGUCGCAGGGAAA